AUGCCACCCACCGCCGUCGCCUUCCAUCCGCCACCUGCCGUCCACCACAAACCACACUUUCGCCGAACAAGAGACACUCCCGACGACGACGUCAUGGCCAUCGAUGAACGCCUGUUGCAGCGGUGGGCGGCCACAGGCGUCUUGGUCGCCAGCGAGCUCGGCCAUCCGGCCGUGGUGGUUGAAAUCGAAGUGGUCGAUGAUGGAGGCAUUGUGACGGCGACCGACGACAGUCCACCGGUGGCCGCAGGACGAGUUCUUUUGGCUCUACUUCAACUUCCAAACCACGUGGAGCCUCAAUGGAUACGGUGUAGAUGGAGUUUGGUUCGCCAACAUUUGUUACUGUUCUUUGCACCGUCUUUGGUUUUCCACCUGCUUUCAAUCCGGACACGGCUAUUGAAGGAUAGUUCAUAUUGGAGAUCAAACCAGGAUGCGAAUCACAAGGACAAGAAAAGUCGUGAGGAAUAUAAUUCGACGCCAUGGUUUGAAUUGUAG